GCGACUGAGCGCGGCGCCUCUCCCCCUCCUAAUGCCACAGGCUCGGAACCGGCUCAAACCGGUUCAGACUGGGAGAUUCCAUCUCGGUUUAGUUUUCAGCCCAUGGCGCCGCGGAGCGUUUGGAAACCUCAGGCCUCCGCCCAGCGAGCGCUCCCAUUGGUCCCGAGCGAUGGCGCCUAGCGAGCGACCUGCGCGCUCAUUGGGCGGGCGGCACGUCAAUCCGCUGAGCCCCUCGGAGGCGUGCGGGGAGCGAGCGGCGACGAGCGAGGAUUGGACAGACGGGAUCCGCCCCCUCCCCGACAGCGCGCGAGGGGCGGGCUGCUGCGCGCUGAUUGGCCGAGCCGAGCUGUCAGUCAGAGGAUGGCCCGCCUUCAAGUUCUCAAACGGCGGGCGGAGGAACAAACUGCCUUUCUAUUGGUUCGCAGCUCGGCGCCGAGAGCGCGGCCUGUGCGCUGCCCUGCCGUGGAGGGUGGCGUUCGGUCCGUUCGGUCCGAUGGGCCGUUGUGUUGCCGCUGGGCCGUUGUGUUGCCGAUGGCUGUGGAAAAACACAGCGCCGAGAGAACGGGGCGGCGGCGGCGGACUGUGUUGCGAUGGCGGGCUUUACCUCACGGCCGCCCUCGCCUCAGGGAGUACAAGGAAGAUGUUGAAAAUUCCACACAAGUGCAGAGUAGGCCAGUCAGCUGGGCUUCUUCCGUCUGGAAAAGACACAACGGAGGGGCCACCUACUAUCAGCUCCCCAGUACCCAGGCUGACUUCUACAAGAAAGGGUGAGACAAGUUCUUUAUUUAGAUGUAAAGUAGGAGAACAAGAGGUGAGAGGUAUAACCUUUAUUGAGAGGUUCCUGCUGGAAAUGAAGGGACUACUUGUCAUUAUAAAAAUAAGCAUAACAAUGUAA